GCCUUUAUGAUAGCACAGUAGAGAGUUACAGGAAAUGGGGAGGCAGAGAGAGGGGGAAUGACAUGCAGUAAAGGGCCGUCCGAAGUGGGAUUCGAACCGACUGUGGCGAGGACUUUGGCGCCUGCUCUACCCACUGCGCCACUUGACGCCCCAACAUUAUUGUUUUACUGUCAAAGUCUCAGAGUCAGUUUGUCCCUGUGGACUGUGGAAGGAAGAAGAGUCAUACAUAUCAGUGUUACUGGUUUCCCUCUCAGACUGACUGAAGUCCUGAAGAUGAGUGUUUAUGUGGAGGAAGAGGAGGACAGAGCAGAGUCUCCAGGAUCCAUCUGUCCGUCGAUGAAGAGUGACCGGUCAAAUGACAUUCCUCCAGCCUUCAGUACUGAACCUGGACCCUCAGAAUCACAACUGACUGAAGUCCUGAAGAUGAGUGUUUGUGUGGAGGAAGAGGAGGACAGAGCAGAGUCUCCAGGAUCCAUCUGUCCGUCGAUGAAGAGUGACCGGUCAAAUGACAUUCCUCCAGCCUUCAGUACUGAACCUGGACCCUCAGAAUCACAAGGUCGGAACCACAGACUGAGAGCAGAGUCUCCGGGAUCCAUCUGUCCGUCUAUGAGGAGUUAUCGGUCCAAACAUGACCCUCCAGACUUCAGUACUGAACCUGGACCCUCAGACUCACAAGGUCAGAACCACAGACUGAGAGCAGAGUCUCCGGGAUCCAUCUGUCCGUCUAUGAGGAGUCACUGGUCCAAAGAGUUUAACCCUCCAGCCUUCAGUACUGAACCUGGACCCUCAGACUCACAAGAGAAGAAGAGAGGUGUCUCUGUGGAGGAGCAGCCGUCCAGCUGUGCUCUGUGUCAGGACGUCCUGAAGGAUCCAGUCUCUACCAGCUGUGGACACUGGUUCUGCAGAAAGUGCUUCACCUCAUACUGGGACCAGUCUGGUUCUUCAGGAGACUCCUCCUGUCCCCAGUGUGGACAAAGACCCAGAACAAGACCUGGACUGCAGACAGCCAGUCAGACCAGCACUGAACAAACAGAUAGUGGUCUGCAGGAGGUUUUACAUCAACAAAAGAUCAGUCUGAGGAGCAGAUGUGAACGUGUGACUGAAGGAACUGAUGGAACAGGAAGUGGAACCCUCCUCAACAGGAUCUACACUGAGCUCCACAUCACAGAGGGACAGAGUGAAGAGGUUAAUACCCAACAUGAGGUGAGGCAGCUGGAGACAACUUCCAAGAUGGAGACCCUCCAUGACGCUCCAAUCAGGUGCCACGACAUCUUUAAAGUCUUACCUGAGCAACAGAGAGAAGACGUCUCUAAAGUCUCACCUGACCAACAGAUAGAAGACGUCUCUAAAGUCUUACCUGACCAACAGAGAGAAGACGUCUCUAAAGUCUCACCUGACCAACAGAGAGAAGACGUCUCUAAAGUCUCACCUGACCAACAGAGACCCAUCAGAGUGGUUCUGACCAACGGCGUUGCUGGCAUUGGAAAAACCUUCUCAGUGCAGAAGUUCUCUCUGGACUGGGCAGAGGGCUUGGAGAACCAAGAUGUCAGUUUGCUGGUUCUGCUUUCGUUCAGGGAGCUGAACCUGAUCAGAGAUCAGCAGUACAGUCUUCUCAGGCUGCUCCAUGUUUUCCAUCCAACAUUACAGAAGGUCACAGCAGAGCAGCUCGCUGUCUGUAAAGUUCUGUUCAUCUUUGACGGCCUGGAUGAAAGCAGACUGUCACUGGAUUUCAACAACAGGAAGUCUGUGUCUGAUGUCACACAGGAGUCAUCAGUCAACGUGCUGCUGACAAACCUCAUCAGGGGGAAUCUGCUUCCUUCGGCUCUCGUUUGGAUAACUUCCAGACCUGCGGCGGCCAAUCAGAUCCCUCCUACAUGUGUGGACAGGGUAACAGAAGUACGAGGCUUCACUGAAGCCCAGAAGGAGGAGUACUUCAGGAGGAGAUCCAGUGAUGAAGAGCUGUCCAGCAGAAUCAUCUCACACAUCAAGACGUCCAGGAGCCUCCACAUCAUGUGUCAAGUCCCAGUCUUCUGCUGGAUCACUGCUACAGUUCUGGACCACAUGUUGACCACAGACCAGAGAGGAGAGCUGCCCCAGACCCUGACUGACCUGUUCUCACACUUCCUGCUGGUUCAGACACAGAGGAAGAAGAACAAGUACCAUGAGGGACGUGAGACGAGUUCACAGGAGCUGACGGAGGCUGACGGGGAAGUUCUUCUGAAGCUGGGGAGGCUGGCGUUUGAACAUCUGGAGAAAGGAAACAUCAUGUUCUACCAAGAAGACCUGGAGCAGUGUGGUCUUGAUGUCACAGAGGCCUCGGUGUACUCAGGACUUUGUACUGAGAUCUUCAGAAGAGAGAGUGUGAUCUUCCAGAAAACAGUCUACUGCUUUGUUCAUCUGAGCGUUCAGGAGUUUCUGGCUGCAGUCUACAUGUUCCACUGUUACACCAACAGGAAGACAGAGGUCCUGGAGAACUUCCUGUGGAAACAACAUGUUGAUUUAACCCUGGAUGACUUCCUGAGGUUAGCCAUGGAGAAAUCCCUCCAAAGUAAAAAUGGUCACCUGGACCUGUUUGUUCGCUUCCUUCAUGGCCUCUCUCUGGAGUCCAACCAGAGGCUCUUAGGAGGUCUGCUGGGUCAGAGAGAGAACAGUCCAGGAACCAUCCAGAGAGCCAUCAACAACCUGAAGAAGAUGAACAGAGAUGAUAUCUCUCCUGACAGAAGCAUCAACAUCUUCCACUGUCUGAUGGAGAUGAAGGAUCACUCAGUUCAUCAGGAGAUCCAAGAGUUCCUGAAGUCAGAGAACAGAUCAAAGCAGAGACUCUCUGAGAUCCACUGCUCAGCUCUGGCCUACAUGCUGCAGAUGUCAGAGGAGGUUCUGGAGGAGUUGGACCUGUGGAAGUACAAGACAUCAUUGGAGGGACGACGGAGACUGAUCCCAGCUGUGAGGAACUGCAGGAAGGCUCGACUUGUUAACUGUCGACUCUCACAGUCUCACUGUGAAGUCGUGGCCUCAGCUCUGAAGUCCAACCCCUCCCAUCUGAGAGAACUGGACCUGAACUACAACGACCUGGAGGAUUCAGGAGUGAAGCUUCUGUCUGCUGGACUGGAGAGUCCAAACUGUAGACUGGAGACUCUGAGACUUGUUGGUUGUGAACUCUCAGAGUCUCACUGUGAAGUCGUGGCUUCAGCUCUGAAGUCCAACCCCUCCCACCUGAGAGAACUGGACCUGAGUCACAACAAGAACCUGCAGGAUUCAGGAGUGAAGGAGCUGUGUGGUUUUCUGGAGAGUCCAGACUGUCGACUGGAGACUCUGAGAUUGUGGAACUGCAGGUUGUCAGAGAUCAGCUGUUCUUCUCUGGCCUCAGCUCUGAAGUCCAACCCCUCCCACCUGAGACACCUGUACCUGAGUCACAACAACCUGCAGGAUUCAGGAGUGAAGGGUCUGUGUGGUUUUCUGGAGAGUCCAGACUGUCGACUGGAGACUCUGAGAUUGUGGAACUGCAGUUUGUCAGAGAUCAGCUGUUCUUCUCUGGCCUCAGCUCUGAAGUCCAACCCCUCCCACCUGAGACACCUGUACCUGAGUCACAACAACCUGCAGGAUUCAGGAGUGAAGGGUCUGUGUGGUUUUCUGGAGAGUCCAGACUGUCGACUGGAGACUCUGAGAUUGUGGAACUGCAGUUUGUCAGAGAUCAGCUGUUCUUCUCUGGCCUCAGCUCUGAAGUCCAACCCCUCCCACCUGAGACACCUGUACCUGAGCAACAACAACAACCUGCAGGAUUCAGGAGUGAAGGAGCUGUGUGGUUUUCUGGAGAGUCCAGACUGUCGACUGGAGACUCUGAGAUUGAUCGACUGCAGUUUGUCAGAGAUCAGCUGUUCUUCUCUGGCCUCAGCUCUGAAGUCCAACCCCUCCCACCUGAGAGAACUGGACCUGGGCAACAACAACCUGCAGGAUUCAGGAGUGAAGGAGCUGUGUGGUUUUCUGGAGAGUCCAGACUGUCGACUGGAGACUCUGAGAUUGAUCGACUGCAGUUUGUCAGAGAUCAGCUGUUCUUCUCUGGCCUCAGCUCUGAAGUCCAACCCCUCCCACCUGAGAGAACUGGACCUGGGCAACAACAAGCUGCAGGAUUCAGGAGUGAAGGAGCUGUGUGGUUUUCUGGAGAGUCCUGACUGUCGACUGGAGACUCUGAGAUUGAGGAGCUGCAGUUUGUCAGAGAUCAGAUGUUCUUCUCUGGCCUCAGCUCUGAAGACCAACCCCUCCCAUCUGAAACACCUGGACCUGAGUCUCAACUACCUGCAGGAUUCAGGAAAGAAGGGUCCUCUGAGCCUCUGAGCUGGAGGUGAUCUGUCUACAGAGAGUGAAGAGGAGAGGAGAGCUUCAUCCAGCAGUGACUGACAGAGGAAUCAGAAGAAGUGGAGAUGACUCUCAGUGCUGAAACACACACUUCCUGUUUGUGUUGCUCUCAACAGUCUGAGCUUCACAAAGAGGGACUUUCAGUGUAAAAUGACUUUAACUCUGAAGAUGAGUUUGACUCAGACGGUUGAAGCCUCGUGUUCUUCAGCUGAACUUUAGGAGAUAUUAUUGUAGGAGGAACAUGUUGUUGUUAUCCUCCAUCUCUUCAUUAACGUUGUGACCAACAGCUCUGUCAGUGUGUAAAUAGACAUGUGACGUGUUUUCAGACAGACUGUCCAUUAUAAUGUAGAGUCAACAAGUAUCAUUGCUUUAAUUCAUCUUUAAUUAACUCACAUUUUAAUUGUCUCACUAAUCCUUGAUUUUUUUUGACAUACUUUAUUGUGUUCCAUUUUUAUAUCAUAUUAUGGCACAAAUAUUUUAAGGCACAUUUUUAUGGCAUGUUAUGCAAUGACAUUUUUUCUGAUAUCCCAGUGUUUGACACAUUUUUAGUACAACCUAUAUAAGAUUUUCUGACUCAUUACACUGACGUUUUUAAUGGACAUUUUGGAACAUGCUAACAAUUAUACACUGUGGCACAUUUUGAUGAAUUUGUAUACUUUGACAUAUCUUUGAAUCCAUCAGUCAGACUUCAUUACUUUUCAUAACAACACAGUGCUUUACACAACAGCAGAGGAAACUCCAAAGGCAGCAUAAAAACUAAAGGAUUCAGAAUUGCAAAUUAAAAAUUCAGAUCAACAAAAUAAGACUAAUAGGAAAGUGUGUGCUGUUCUUCUCUGCGGUGUGUUCGGGAAGCAGCAUCAGGGUUAUGGAAACCAACAGACUAAAAAGCUGGUGAGGAACACCAACUCUGUAAUUUAGCAGUCUGGAUGAGCUCCAGCAGAGUGUAAGACGGAGUGAUUGAGGCGCUCCUCUGUGCCAACAGCCAUGGAGCUGUACAGCAGCACCAAUGCCCCACCAUCCACCCAGACAUUUGACAAUUUGAAUUAUGUGUUUGUCAAUACAUCUACUUUGGACACUUGAAUACCUAACACUUGAGACACCUGAACACUUUAAAUACCUGUUGUGGUCAUUUGGUUAAUGCUUCUUUGCACAAUGUAUGAUUUUUAUCAGAAGCUUUAAAUAUGUCCUUGACCAAUACAUGUGCAGGUGUUUCCUCAUUUGUUGUUUUGUCCAGUUGUUUGCCGAUUUUGUUUGUUGUACGUUGUUUUGUUUGGUAUUGUAUAUUUCUAUCUGCGCUGUUUUCCUGCUCCUGUGAACACCCAAAUUUCUUGCCAAGUGAUUAAUAAAAGCUUAAUUUUA